UAUAAAUGGGACCCACUCUUUGACUUUGUAUGAGUUAUUUUGUUUUGUAGUUGGUAGAAUUAAAUUAGAAUUGUGAUUCUAAAAUACAACUCUGAAACCAAACAGAGCCAUUAUAUCUCAGACACCCACCAAAAGCUUUACUUCUUCUUCAAGCACAAAAAUUUAAGUAUGUAUGCUACAUGAGAAUUAAUGGUGAUGUUUGUUUGAUAUAUAUAUAUACUACUUGGGGGUUGGGAUUGUGAGGCAUCCCGAUCGAACCAGAUGGCAGGAAUGCUUCCCGGGGUGGAGUUAGCGAGGCGGAGGCGCCUCCCUCGGGGCGGCAGCUGGGUUGAGCCACCCGCAACCUCCGCCUACUCGUCAACCAGGCGGGCCUCCCUUUGCCUAUAUGCCAGAAACCAUGAUGGCCGCUCCUCGUCCUCCUCCUCUUCUUCGGGACAUGAAGAUGGUGAUGAGAAGCUUGGAGGAGUGGCAAGAGAGGCCAAGGAGAGGCUUGAUGAGAGGCUCAGAUCCCGAGGUAGGAAGUCUUCUGAUCUCCGCAGAGAAACCUCGACGGAGAUGGUCGCUGGGAGAUCUGGGCAACACGACGACCAUCGACCGCAAAGAGAGUUGUUCGGGUUGAAUAGGAGUGCAUCUAAGAGGUUCAUGAGCUGGGCCAAUCUGAUAAGCUGGAAAGGGGUGGACCAAGAAGAGUGCGCAGUAUGCUUGGAAAGGUUUAUGUCGGGGGAGACGCUCAUGAACUUGCCCUGUAACCACAAGUUCCAUUCCGGGUGUCUGGUCCCGUGGCUCGAGACCAACUCGCGGUGCCCUUGCUGUCGGACCACUGUCCCUUCUUCGUAGGGGCUGGUAUAAGUUCGCCCAGAGAUGAAAAUCCUGAUUUCGUGCCCAGCCGGUGCAUGUAGUCCUCAACCUAGCUUGCAAAUACGGCUUUCAUGUUCUUCUGUCAUCCUAUUGGCGGAUCAAUGUAGACUCCUUCGGCGAUGUAUAUAGUUGUAGCAUGAUUUAAGGUUCCGGACUUCCCUUGUGGAUGUGUCACGGGUGGUAGAAGAGAAGUCGAUUUUGGUUUCGAAAAACUUGAAGGUGUUUAUGGGAAAUUGAACCUUUUCUAGCGUCAAAUGCAUAUUUUCUUCAACUUUUUUCCCCUUAUUUAUUUUUUCUUUCAAUUUAAUAAAGUGAUGUGAGUAGUCAUAUUGAAUAUCAAACUUAUAAUCUUUUGAUCA